CACCCGCCGGUUGAAAUUGCUGCUGGUAGGUACCCUCCAUGCCGGUCGGUCGGGAGGAUUGUCAGCUUAAGAUGUUUGUCGGCGCUGCUGUUUGGGGUCGCUGUGCUGCUGUCGGCUGUAUUCUGGUUGCCGACGUACUUCCGACGAGGUUCUGGUCGCGGAGGGCUAGAUCUCGAUGAGUAUGAAGCUCCUGUACUGGCGAGUUUCAGAUUACAAAAGCCUGUUGCUUUGCUAAAUUUGAAUGUUGCCAAGCUUCAAUACGACAUAUUUGCUGAGAUUGGUGUUCCGAAUACCACUGUAUCUGUUUUCAAUAUGGAGCCUUUUGGCAUAAAUUCAACCAAUAUUGUCUUUGGAAUGUGGCCAUAUCCAAAGAAAUCAAAUAUAUCGACCGGGCUAAGCAUCCUUAAGUCUUCGUUUGUGUCUUUGGUUCUAAGACAGUCCACUCUUCACUUGACAACACCGUUGUUCGGAAGCUCAUAUUUUUUUCAGAUUUUAAAAUUUCCUGGGGGGAUUACCAUAGUGCCACUGCAAAAUGCUUUUCUUCUGCAGAAAGAGCAUAUGAUUUUUAAUUUUUCAUUGAAUUUUCCGAUAUAUCAAGUUGAAGACAAAAUUGAUGAAUUGAAGGACCAGAUGAAGUUGGGCUUACGUCUAACAUCUUAUGAGAUUCUUUUUGUGAGAUUGACAAACAUAAAUGGUUCUACAGUGUCACCACCGACAGUUGUUGAGACAUCCAUUGUGUUUGCAGUCGGGAAUAAUCUACCUUCGAUGCCACGGUUGAUGCAAUUGGCUCAAAAUAUUAGGAAUUCCUCUGCCGGAAAUCUAGGUCUAAAUCACACUAUAUUUGGCAGAGUAAAGCAGAUCCGUCUCUCCUCAUUUCUUCAACGUUCUCUAAAUAGCAGUUUCGGUUUUUCUUCAUCGCCAAGUCCGUCUCCCCAACCUAGUGGAGACCAACAUCACGAUCAUCAUUCUCAUAACAGUCAUCACUCCGAUGUGCAUGACACACUUUCGCCUUCGCCUUCGCCUGAAGCUAAACCCGUGUUCAGUCAAGCAGCUCCACCUCGGCCUGGUUGUCGUUUUAGAUUUUCACGAGAUCCUAAAGGCGAACAUCAAAUUGUUCCCACUGGGGCUCCUGCAAGUGCACCUUAUUUGUCGGCUUCUCCAUCUUCGGAAGAUUCCUCUGCACCGGCUCCUCAUUUACCUCCAAAACAGCAUAAGUCCUCUGUCAUUUUUGCUGAUUCAAGACCUCCAGGUGAAGCUGCUAGGGAUGUCGGACGUCAGAACACUGCGCCAUCUAUUUCACCUUUACGGUCUUCAUCAUUUGUGUCAGGCCACAGGAGAACUCAUUUGAUCCUUGCAUCACUUGUGUUUCUAUGGCUAUAGCAGCGGAGGCAAACAGUUGGUUUUCCGAAGCCCAACCCCUCUCACCAGCUCGGCAAAGCUGAUGAUAAUACCAGAGAGAGUUCAGAAGAAGCCGCACAAGUAAGUGGUUCUUUUUCCUUCCUCUAAGCCUCUUAUUUUUAAUGAAAUAUAUUGUAUAUAUAAGGGAUUUAUGGUCAAAGCCACAGAGGUGGCAGGCCGGCCUUUUUUCCUUUUUUUGAAUGUACUAAUGCACUAGUUUUUUAUCUAGAUAUGUGUGCUUUUCACAAUAAAAAAAAUAAGAAAGAAAUGUGAUCAAAGUUAUUUCUUAUAGAA